AGUGGCGGGAGAAGAGUCGAUCGGGAAGCGAUACAGCACAGAGAGGGGCAGAGAUGAUUGGAGGUGGUGUAGUAUUGAAUCUCUCUCAGGUUCACCAUCAUGGGCUAUGCAGAGUAUCGUGGCAGGUCGACAGAGGACAAACUCCUAUCAUAACCACCAAACCGACUGCAAAGCCCAGCAAGAUAGAGAAACAGAAACCACGCCCUGCUCUCCUACCCCAAAAAAACGGAGCACCCUCUUCUCCUAAUUUGAGAGCUCACGUUUCCGAGCUUCUCAGUCUCCCGCACCACGAAACUCAAGGGAAAUCUGAGGACGCCUAUUUGGGUUACGAGAGAUGGUUGCCCGCUGCACCGAAUGUUAAGACUCCGCGAUCACGAUAUAAGGCAGCAGCCUUAGCCUACAUGGGAGAUUGCAUCUUUGAGUUUUAUGCUCGCCGCCAUUUUCUGUUUACUCCGUUAAGUAUUGAUGAGUAUAAUGCUCGUGUGAUGGCAAUAGUACGCUGUGAGUCACAGGAUAUAUUGCUCAAGUUGUUACUCGCAGAUGGCAACUUAUCUGAAGAGGAGAGAGAUGUCCUUCGUUGGGGAAGAAAUAUUGGAUCAGGAAGAAGGCGGGGUAUGAAGCGUGUUGGGGUUGCUGCUUACAAUAGGGCGUCAUCACUUGAGACUCUUACUCAACACUCAACACUCAGCACCAAGAGGCAAGAGUCUUCAAUCAUCGUCGUCAUCAUCUUCAUCAGAGGGAAUAUCAUUUUUACAACUAAGACAAAUAGGUGGAAAUGGCUGUCAAAUAGAAACUGGCGAUUGCUGAAUUUUUAUGGUAAGUGUGCAGUAUGCAGUUGUAGAUGGCAAACCCAACACGUUUUCUCUCUCUGUAAGGCCAUCUCUCUCUCUCUCUCUCUCUAGCACUCUUUGGAGGUUUUUGUAAGAGGUGGCCAUUCAAUGCUGAGCUUCUUGUUACUCAUCAAUCUCUAAGCACCUAUGCCUCACACCUCUCAAAAUACCCACAUUCAUACAAUAAAUAUCUGAAGUACCUUUAAAAUUUUGAUACCCAUCCACCUAGUGGACCAUUUGAGUGAUACCAAAAGUAUCUAAAAUACCUUUAAAAUACCGAAGCAAAGGAAUUUCUUUUUUUGUAAAUUUUUAUUUUAUUUUUCAUUAUUUUAAUAUACCUAUAUAUGAAUAUAUACUGUAUUUAUAUUAAAUUUUUUAAAAAAUCCAAACUCCUCCCCAGAAUUGGCCAAAACACUGAAUUACGUCAUUUUUUUGACCAAACCGAAAAAGCCUCCAAAGCGAACCUGACAACAUUGAUACAAAUUAAGUGGUGUGGUUGAAGGGGUGAGAGGUAUUUAUAGAGAGCGGCUAGGGUUUUAAGUUUAGCCUUAAGAUGGAUUAAAUCUAGACCAUUCAUGUAGAAUAUCAAGGGCUUGGAGAGAAGCUUGAUCCUAGCCUUCUAAUCCACACCUAGUUAUCAUGAUGUCUGGCUUGGAUUUGUCCACCAUUAUCCCCGCAUGCGAGAAAUUACUCCAAAUUCCCAAAUGAAUUUAAUUCUAAAAUGUAAGAAAAAUACAUUUUCUAAAUUACCCUUGCCAUUUUCAAUGAAGUGUGAGAAAAAGCUUUAUAAGGCCAUGCCACUCAAGUCUACAAAAAAUAUUCUCUUGUCUAAGUUCAAUAUGGAUUUGAAAUUCAAAAGCUCUCUCUUGCCCUCAACACCUUACCCCCUCUCACACAUGUGGCGUCAUAAGCUUAUAAAAAGAAGUGAGAAGGUGUUUGUGUUUCUAAAAGAUUAAAAAGGAAAAGUGGCGCUGAUUUUUCCUAGCAAUGUUGUAUUCCCUACCCUUGACUGUUAGAUUUGGAUUUUGGGGAAGAAUUUUUCAUGUUAGCAACUGUCUGAAGCUUAUAUGUUGAGCAAUACAAACUUUUCAGCUUCAUGAUGCAGCUUUGCUUUGUUACAUCAUGUAGUUAGCUGACCUGAAUCCAAGACUCCUGCUCUGAGAUAAAAGGGCAUUCUUCUCCAAUUUUCCAUGUCGACGUGCCUAUGUGAUGACAUGUUAGAAAACCUAUAAUAGGAAUGAUCUUGUUUUGUGGAUUUGUAAGAAAUUGGGAAUUAACUCAAGUUUCGUUUGAGAAAAUGCUAAUUGCUUCCAUCUGAUAAAUGAUAUUGAGUUUCCUUCUUGGUUG